AUAAAGAUACUAUGAGAUGAUAUAGUUUACAUGUUACGUUUUUAAGGUUUAGAACGAUUUGAAACGCCAUCGUUGGGUUUUGGAUCCUUGGCUAACGAAUUAACAUUUACGUAAUUUUGUUUCAAAUAUUUAGCGCUUUGGUGAAAAGAAAUAAAUAAAAUGGCGAAGAAAAAGUCCGGGAAAAAGAAGGCAGGGGGGAAGUUGGCUAAGAUGUCGGAAGAAGAAAGGAUUUUGUAUCUGGAACAAAAAGCUCUGGCAGAGGAAGAGAUGAGAAAGAAGAAGGAAGAUGUUUUGCUGCAGUUUCUUAAGGAUAAACUGGCAAAAGAAGAAAAAAGUUCAAAAGUAAAUUUCAACAAAUUAAACCAACAAUGGAGACAAAUUAUGAGGGAAUCAAAAUCUAAGGAACUUAAAAAGGAUAUUGAGAUUUUAAGCCAAACUUUUGAAAGAGUGGUCGAUCGGAAAGACAGCGUGAUAUCGGCGCUUGCAAAAGACACUGAGGAAGCAGAAGAACAAUAUAACAUGGCUCUACGCAGUCAUCUCGAUAACGUGGAUAUCUUAAUUGAUCACCAUCGUCGACGACUGAACACUCUACGUGAUGAAUACGAAGGCGAACUUCGAAUGAUUCGACAUGAGUUCGAAUCGGAGAGAGCUCUUGUGAACGAUUGCCACAAACAUGAACUACAAACCCUCCACGAUGUUAUGUUCGCCAUGGAACAAAACCAUCAGGAGAAGGAAGCCGAUGGAAGGCAGGAGUUUCAGAGCAUGAGGGAUGAGAUCAAAAAUAAAAACCUGGAAGAGAAGCACGCUCUCCGCAUCCAGUUGGAAGGAGCAGUUGAAACUUUAUGGAGACAAUUUCAAGCAGCGUUAAAGAAUUAUAACGAAACAACCGAAGAAAGAAAAAUUGCAUUUGAAAAUUUAAAAACUAAAGAUGAAAAAAGUGCAAAAGAAAUUGAAUCACAGAUGAGGAAAUUGCAAAGGAUUCAGGAUACGAUCACACAACUAAGGGGUAAGAUGCAACAGAACGCUCGUGACUGUGAAGACAGGAACCGCCAUCUGCGCGAGGAAAGAGAGCACGUACAACGUCAUUUCCAGCAACUAAAAACUGAGAUGAACAACACGAGAGAAGCAGACAGAGCAAAACUCACAACAUUAACUUUACAAAGCAAUUCUGCUAUCAAGAAAUUGAAAAAGGUACGUGACAAGGGAGACCAAAUCCUCAGGUUGGCUGAGAUGUGCAGGAAACUUGAGACAGAAGAAGAAAAAGUUCUUCCUUUUUACGCUUCAUCGCUCUCGCAAGAAGAGCAAGAGGACGUUGAAGCAGCUGUGUACGAGACACCAAACGAGCCGCUUGCUGCAGUCAUGCAUGAAUACACAUCACUGGAAAACUUCUGGAAACGCUACAACAAAGUUUUACUCGAUAAACUAGCGUUGGAUAAAGAGAAGCAGACUCUCACUCAGGAAAACCAACAAUUACGAAACGUUCUCAAACAAUAUCUCGAUGGAAUUUCAGUCAAUGAUGAAAUUUUGAGUCAAAAUAAUCCUCUGUUUGUCGUCAACCACAAGACUAACGUCAAAUUGUCUGUACCUGUUAUGGACUCGCGGUUUCAACAACCGAACCGGUUGCUUUUACUUAAACAAGGAAAUUUCAGCGGGAACGACUCUCAGUCCCAAUAUUGGAUCCACGGGUAAGACGGCCCGAACAAACUGUUGUGGAAGCCGCCCAUGUUGUUAAACAUAUCGUUUGAGCUUCAACUUAAUCUACAGUGUUUAUUAUUUGGUGUGUGUUUGUAAAUACAAUAUUAACUUUAUGCUUGUAACUGUACUGGCUUAUUUUGAACAUAUUUUUAAUAAAAAGAAAGAAAGUGC